AUGGUUCCAUGUCAUUCAUAUUUUGUCAUUCUUUUGUUAUUUUUUCACAACAUUUCCUCCUCAAAAUCUCUUAAAAGUGGAUUCAGUGUGGAACUGAUACACCGUGAUUCACCAAAAUCACCCUUUUAUCGUCCCACAGAAACUCAUUUCCAACGAGUUCAAAAUGCCGUUCUUCGUUCCAUCCAUCGCGCAAAUUACUCUACACCAGAUUCUUCGCAUGAUGUUGAGACCACUGUAAUACCAAGUUCAGGAGAAUUCCUGAUGAACUAUUCAGUCGGAACUCCACCAUUCCAAACCCUUGGUGUAAUUGAUACUGGUGCCAACACCAUUUGGAUGCAAUGUCAACCUUGUAAGAACUGUUACAAACAAAACACACCCAUAUUUGAUCCUUCAAAAUCAAGCACAUACAGUAGAAUCCCUUGUGUUGCUGCUGAAUGUCUCACUGAGCAAAUUGCCUUUUGCAAUUUUAACAACGGGAAGAAGCACUGUGCAUAUAAAGCCAUCUAUGGUGAUGAAUCAGUUUCAGAAGGAGAUAUAAGCUGGGACACCAUUACUCUAACUUCGAGUAGUGAAGAUAUUCCUGUAGCAUUUCCGAAAGCUGUGAUUGGAUGUGGACAUAACAAUGUUGGGCUCUUUGAUAAGCAAAGCUCUGGCAUAGUUGGCCUUGGAAAUGCACCUCUCUUACUUGUAUCUCUUUUAAGACCUAGAACAGGUGGAAUAUUUUCGUAUUGUUUCACGCCAAUGUAUGAAGGAGAUGUAAAACCUAGUUUUCUCCAUUUUGGAGAUCGUGGUGAGGUUUCUGUUAAAUCUGCAGUUCCAACCCCUAUAAUCGUAAACAGUGCAGUGCCAUUCAAGUACUACUUGGUGAUGGAAGCAAUGAUUGUGGGAAGCAAGAGAAUAGAGUUUCCGAGAAAUGGUGAAGAAGGAAACAUCUUACUUGACUCAGGGACAACACUCUCUUUUUUGCCAGAUGAGGUUUACUCAGCUUUGGAAGGAGAAAUGGUAAAUGCAGUGAAUUUAGUGCGUACUGAUAGUCCAAUGAAACAUUUGAAGUUGUGCUACGAAGUUACAUCUGGUCGGGAAUAUCAUAUACCGACGGUGUUUGCACAUUUUAAAGGUGGUGCAGUUGUGGAAUUGCAUUCUAGCAACACAUUUAUGAAGGUGAGUGAAACUAAAAUAUGUUUGGCUUUCAGUAGACGUUCAAAAGCUAUCUUGGGGAAUUUGGCACAACAAGACAUCUUGGUUAGCUAUAACACAGAACAGAACACAGUGACCUUUCUCAACACAGAUUGUACCUCGGAGUUAUAG